CCCGCACAAUCCAACCCGACCCACCGGAGCAAAGAAAGGGUUUACGGCGAUGGCGGAUAAGGGUUUUUGAAUCGACGACCCAACGUUUCUCGCAAUCAGACAUUCACCAGCUCCGACCAUCUUCCUCCUCAACUGCUGGCCGCCGGCCGGCGCCUUCGUCACUUUGGGAACGGAUCCUGCUCCACUGUUUUAACUACAUUGCCUGUUCUAUCCUAUAACCCCAUCUCCACUGCCGCGUCUUCUGCUUGUCCGACGGUGGCCACCCGCGGUUGGAUCCUUUUUCUUCUCCUGCUUGAAGCGAGAGAGAAUCCUUUCAACUCUCAUGGCCAUCGAAUGCUUAGUUCUUGGCGCUGGGCGAGAAAUUGAGAAGAGCUGCGUGGUAGUAACAAUCAAUGGGAAGCGGAUCAUGUUUGAUUGUGGGCUGCACUUGGGUCACAGUGAUGAAGGGCGUUGUCCUGAUUUUCCUGUCAUAUGGUGGCUCCCUAGAUUGUGUGAUUAUCGCUCACUUUCGCCCCAAUUGAUCUGAAGCAUAAUGUGCAAGUUGGUAAGGAUCUUCAAAUUCGGGCCUACUAUCCAGGACAUGUUCUUGGAGCUGCAAUGGUUUAUGCAAAGGUAGGAGAUGCAUCUAUGGUAUACAUAGGUGACGACAAUGUAACUCCAGAUAGACAUCUUGGUGCCGCACAAAUUGAUCCACAAGAACUAGACCUUGUUAUAACCGAGUCAACCUAUGCAAUGACUGUACGUGAUUCAAUAUACGCUCGUGAGAGAGUUUCUGAAAGCUGUCAAUCUCCAGAAUUUUGGGGGAUUUUCUCCAAGUGGGUUCUUUCUCAACUGUGUCCUACUGAGAGUUAUAUGUUUGCUGCAGCUGUUGCAUGGAAGACAGCGCAGGGCUGGCUUUGGCGAUCAUUUCUUCAGUCUGAAACAGUCUUUCAGAAGUAAAGUAGCUGAUGCUGUUCAUUUCUUAGGAUUUGCAGUGUUUAUUGGCCUUCAUCAGCAUGCAGUUAAUACACAUUUAUAUAUUAUAUACGUCCAUGAUGAAGUCUCUGUAACAUGUACGCGCCUCGGUCUCUCUGACUGAGUCAACUAUUGACUCAGCGGCUGUGGUGGACUGGCGUCUCUUUUUCUUCAUGAGCUUUACUGCUGUUUGCAUGACCAAGUUGUGGGCUUGUGGCCAAGGUCAACUCUCCAAAUUUCAAAUAAUGCAGUUAUCAGGGUUUUAAUGUUUU